AUGCAAAUGCCAUCAAUCAAGGCUGUCGCCCUUGCGUUCGCGACACUCCUCGCAUGUAUCUCUCCGUCCGCCGGGGCCUCGUCGAGCCAGCAGCAGCCCCUGGCAGCUGGCGUGCCGUUUGAGGUUCGGGACGCCGUCUUGGCCGAUGUCGCUGACAUCGCCACCACUUUCCUCGACGCCUUCACUCCAGCUCCUGUCUGGACGUACGUCAACCAAUUCUACGAGAACUACACCGACUAUUACAGGGAUUGUUUUGAGGGCCAAGUCAAAGCAGUCAUCAACAAGCUUGCGCCUAAGGGCAUAAAGUUCCGUGUACUCUUGGUUCCUGAUCAGACCAGACACUCGGGCAGUCGCGUCGUGUCAACCUCGCUCUGGGAGUUCAACAGGACAGCCGAGAGUCCUUACACCUCAUGGUCCCUCGGGCCAGAAGCGACUGACAGUGGUAACUGCUCAUUGCAUCUGGCGACCAACACGACACGCGCGGAUCAUCUGAAGAAGGCGAUGCUUUACGGACAGAAAACAUACCUCGACGGCGUGUACGAGCGCCAUGCCUACCUCCAUCUGCUGGCCACCCACCCCAAAUGGGACGGCAACGGGUUCGCGGCGGAGAACCUUCGCUGGGGAAUGGCGCUGGCGGACAAGAUGGGAAUGCCGACGACGCUGUUGGCGACACCGGCUGGGUAUCCUCUGUAUCGGUCGCUAGCAUUCGAGGGCAUGUACAACGUAUCCGUCGACAGGCUGGAUGGACUGGGGACCGUAUGGUACGAGGUCAUGAAAUUUGAGGCGUGA